AUCCAUUGUUUGGGAAAAUGCUCCCCCUAUCAUUGUCUAGGUGAGCCUAUACGUCACCACAUGAUUCGUUCCAAUACUUCACCGUGUGUAAUAUACGUCAAAAAGUUGUUGUUUAAUUCGGGAAUAUAGUGCUGUGUACACCCUCUUCCAUUCCCUUAGUUCGUCCGUAGUGUCUAUGAGAAUAUCGCCUGUUCUUUCAUGAUGGCGGCUAUAAGAAGGUCUUGUUAAAUGCAGACUAAGGAAUCGGUGGACGUACUCAAAGUGGCGUUGAGUGGAAUCGAGGAGGGGCGAUGGCGGGAAACUCUGCCUCAGCGUCGACGCCUCUGCCAUCGGACGAAGUGGCAUUGGGCAGUAAACAGACUAUUAUGACGGAGUUCGUCAUCGCUAUCACAGCAUUUUGCAGUCUCAUAUUCAUCUUCUGUGUCGCGUUCGUGUUCCUGUUCGCUUACUGCAAGAGAAUCCAUCGGAAGGAGGAGGAGGAGGAGGGCGAGUACAUCGGUGAUGAGGAGAGCUUGCCUGGAAGCCAACAAAGUAACAACUACCCACGAAAGAACAUCCAAGGUCAUCCUCAAAAUCAACCUCAAGGUCAUCCUCAAGGUCAUCUUCAAGGUCAUCGUCCAGGUCAUAGCAAUCACGUGCUUAGCGUGUGGGACACCUAUCCACUGUAUUACGUGAGGGAGAGGUCGGUGGCGGAAAGUUUUUGGGAGACGGAGGCGGUUCGAAACCCGAUGCAUAGAGAACCGGCAGUUAUAUAUUGAUCAAUGCUGGCCAUUUAGAUGUAUAUGUUAUUUUAAGCAACUUUGUCAUUUAUUCAUGAUUAUUUUAUAAACUAGUCGGUUACUGCUCGUACCUGUUCUGACCAACGAUUUUGUUUACAAGAAGGCGAGAGUACUAUUUACACUACCGGCUAACGGGUGUAUUUACCUAUGAAAAUUCUUUUUCGCGCAUGAAGAAUUAUAUUGGUCAAGUUGGCCAUUUUGAUCAGUUCAGGAAACUAUCAUGAUUAGCUAAGGCGAUUGAGAUUGUCAAAUACGAUGGAAAUUUUACGAUAAACAAUUUUCUGACAUGUCGUUUCUGAUGCCAUUUCUGGAUCCCCCGGUUAUUCAAUACAUCCCAUGUCACUAUUUAGCCUUUAAAUACUGCUUUCAUCGUAUUAUACCAUUGAUAUAAAGUUUAUUUGGUUUGUUAGUCUUUAAUAUAUUGCGACAAAACUGAUAUAAUAAUAUUUCCCCCGUCUGUCUUUACGAGUAUGCAAUUUCAGAAUAUAUUUGCCAUGUCUAUAAAGGAUUCUAUGUUAUAAUUGAACCAUUGUAUAUGUCAUUUUAGAAUACACACAUAACAGGGUAUUGGUGAAUAUUGUUACAUACAAUUACAGCGUAAAAUGCCUUAAAUAUUAUUUAGAAGACAAUUAGACAGUUGAUGCGGUAUAGAGACGUAAAUGUAGUACGCUUGACAUAUUUGUAUCUAUAGAGUGUAUUUUAUAUGAUGUUCUAUUGAACUACCUUCAAAAUAAAAUGUCACUCCAUCAUAAGUUACAAUUAAGUUCGGAUCUUUCGUACAAUUCCAUCAAUUCUAUAUGGACUUUGUUUUUGUUUGUACCUGGGAAACAUAAAAAUAUAAACAUUUUAUCGUGGAUCACUCUUACAGAGAUGAUGGGCAAAAGGCAAAAGUCUUAUAAGAAAUAAUGUUUUCUGUUGUGCCAAUAUUUAUUGAUAUAUUAUGUAAUGAUUUAGGGCUUUUAUCCUAUUUUAUAAUUAUUUUAUUACGGUUUUUGUCAAUGACAAACUAUAUCAUGCAUUUUAUUAUGUGUAGAGGUGUCGUGGUUGUGUGGACACGCCGUCCAACCACAUGGUUCGUGGUUCGAGUCUCGUCGUGGCAUUAAUGUCCUCUGGCAAGACAUUAAUCUACAUUUACCACUCUCCACCCAGAUGAUGUAAAUGGGUACCUUUACUACCUGAUAAAUGGGUACUGACUUGAAUGCCAGAGCCCCUUAUUAGGGAAGCUUGGCUAAAGCGGGAGUAAUGAUAUUGUACAGCGCUUAGAGAUGUUGAUAUUAAGCGCUAAAUGUAAAUGUUGCUAUUACUAUUAUUAUCAUCAUCAUUACUAUCCUUAUUGUCGUUAUCAUUUUAUUACUAUUAUUGUUAUUGUUAUUAUUAUCAUAUCAUUAUUAUCAUCAUUAUAAGAGAGCUUUUUGACGAUAAAUCUAACUAUAUACCGUUAUACUCGUAGUACAGAGUACUUAGGAAGCUUUUAACUUUGUUUCGUGCAAUAAACGUCUCAUCAUGAUAUUGUCAUAUCGUGUGUGUUUUUUCUUUGCUUUUUGUUAAUUAUCAUUAUUUUUUUUUAUUUGUUAUCAUUGAACUCCAUUGUACAAAAUAAUACAAUAAAUGCAUUUAGCAGUAUAUAAUUACCUA